GUUGCCUCAGAAAGAGCAAGACGGCGGAUGUUUCUCUCUUGGUGUGACCGGUGGCAAUAUCGAUCAGCAAUGCCGCACAGACUUUUGCGCGCCGAAAUGUGCGUGCGACAGCUUCAAUCUAACCACUUCGGCGGAAAGCGCAUUUCUGUUCAACACGGUGUCAGCGGUACCAGGGAAGACGGGGCCGAGUUUUGUUUGAUUUCGGGUGGAUGAGGUUGGGGUUUUGUUCGUUUUUCUCCAUCUAAGGUUCGUGCCUAGAGUUCAGCUGUAGUGUUUCGACCAAAGUUUUGUUGACUUAGAGGCGAACAUUCCUAGCUAUUGGGCAUCGAGUUAAUUUGGCUGGGCUUGACGACCUUUACGAUCGACUUUUUAUGUAUGUCUGCAUUUAUCUGCAAUUGUCGGACGGCAAACAAAAUAAU